AUGGCGGAGGGCCGCAUCUACAACUUCUCCGCGGGCCCCAGCCAGAUGCCCCUGGAGGUGCUGGAGGAGGUCCAGAGGGAGCUCGUGAACUACAAGGGCACGGGCAUGAGCGUGAUGGAGAUGUCGCACCGCUCCAAGGAGUACAUGGCCAUCGCCGCGCAGGCCGAGAAGGACCUCCGGGACAUCUACGGCAUCCCCGGCGACUACAAGGUGAUGUUCGCGCAGGGCGGCGCGACCCUGCAGUUCUCCUCCGUGCCCCUCAACAUGCUCGGGUCCAACCCCAAGGCCGACUACAUCGUCACGGGCCAGUGGAGCGACAAGGCAUCCAAGGAGUGCAAGAAGUACGGCGUCCCGAACAACGUCUGCGACACCAAGGCGACCAAGUACACAACCAUCCCGGAGAACUCUACUUGGAAGCUCGACAAGGAGGCCGCUCCGGCGGACGUCCACUACUGCGACAACGAGACCGUGAACGGCGUCGAGUUCGGCUUCUGCCCCGACGUCGGGGAGGUGCCCCUCGUCGCCGACAUGUCCUCCAACUUUGUCUCCAGGCCGAUCGACGUGUCCAAGCACGCGUACAUCUACGCGGGCGCGCAGAAGAACCUGGGCCCCGCCGGAAUUUCCAUCGGCAUCCUGCACCCUAAGUUCGCCGACGGCUCGAAGGAGCUGAAGAUAUGCCCCACAUAUUGCAGCUUCAAGACCAUGGCAGACAACGGCUCCAUGUACAACACCCCGGCGAGCUUCACGUGGUACGUCAUCGGCGAGUACCUCAAGUACACCAAGAAGGUCGGCGGCGUGCAGUACUGGGCCGAGCAGUCCGACAAGAAGUCGGGCCUCAUCUACAGCAUCAUCGACGGCUCCGACGGCUUCUACCAGUGCCCCGUGGACAAGAAGUGCCGGUCCCGCAUGAACGUGCCGUUCACCAUCAGCGGCGGCGACGAGGCCCUGGAGAAGAAGUUCCUGGACGAGGCCAAGAAGGUGAAGCUUUUCACCCUGGCGGGCCACCGCUCGGUGGGCGGGUGCCGCGCGUCCCUCUACAACGGCAUGCCCCUGGAGGGUGUCGAGAAGCUCGGGGAGUUCAUGAAGUCCUUCCUGGACGAGAACCGCAAGUGA